GCUCUGAUAAAUUUCAUGCCGAUCCUGGUCGGCUCUGCGGUCCGAUUCAAGGACAACGGCGCACUGCGCGGCGUUGUGUUCGAGUUUCAGGAUGACGGGGCUGUAGCAGGUCUGAACUGCCUCUCAAAGAAGCUCGCGGACUCCGGCUGCGGGGAGACGACGCACGAGCCCGUGGAGAACCUCGAGGAGGUGGAGGAUGUGUGGCGCAUCGGGAGCAAGGUCUUCCUGCAGUCGGACGGCCCCGAGUUCUACGGCGAGAUCUUUGAGUACCAGGACGACAUGGCGGUUGCGGGGCUCAAGAACCUGAGCGAGAAGCUGACCAACCUCGGCUGUGGAGAGCAGACGCAUGAGCCCGUGGAGAACCUCAAGCUGCUCAGCUGAACGGGGAGGAUGUAUGCCGGGCAUCUCAGCGGCUCAGCGCGAGGCGGGGGAACGGACUCCGAGCGGCGGCGGCGCGGGGAAAUCCAUGCCCGGCGAGAGAUGGCCGAGCCCUGGCCUCUUUGCAGACCGGCUGAUCGUUGGACUCUGUGACAGUGGACAUACGUGCGCGCUGCGAUCUAUACCUCUCUUUUGGCGCCGUCGGGCCCAGCGACCACCUGUCCACCGCGCACCGGCGCCGGCGCCGCCUGCUGCACCGGGGUGUUGGCCUGUUGCGCUUGCGGCCGCGCUGCUCCGUGUGCGACAAGGUCGUCCUGUGUGCGCACAUUUUGUCCGGAUAUUUAUCGCCGCUCGCGAGCUUGAGUGCUGAGAACCUAUAUGAGAUAUCGCCGAGGCGGCCC